CUAAGACGUCUUUCCAACUCCCGCCUAAAUUUCCCUCUCUAAAAUUGCAGAGGCGCACCUCCUCCCGCCAUAAGCUUCAGAUCUCCCGCGAAAAGCAGAACCCUUCAUCGAGUUGCAUUCACAAAGAGAUGUCGGAACAAAUUCGUGCACGCCGGGGUCGGAGGCAAGCCAAGGCUGACAGAAGCCGUCGCGCCUGGAGCGAAAAGGAAUAAAAGUUCUUACUUGACAUAACGAAGGAGUUGGUCGCUACUGGCUGGAAGACCGACAACGGCUUCAAAGUGGGCUGUCUGAUGAAAGCGGAAGAGUCAAUGCGGCAAGAGUUCCCGAGGAAUGAUUUGAAGACGAAUCCUCAUAUCCAGUCGAGGAUUCACACAUGGAAGAAGCAUUUCUAUGCUUUGUCCCGUGUUUUAGACCGGAGUGGUGUUGGCUUUAAUGUUCACAAUGACUACAAGAUCGACGUUGACGACUAACAAUGGAGACAAAUUGUGAAGGCCGACGAGAGUGCUCGUCCACUGCGCACAAAGUCAUGGCCAUACUACGAGGACUGGAAGAUUAUCUUUGGUAAAGAUAGGUCUACUAGGAUGAAGGCUGAAGACAUUGUCGAUGCCCAUGAUGACUUGGAUCUGAUUGAGAAAAUGGCAUCCAAUAGAGCUGGGGGUGAAUACGACUUUGGUCUGGAUGACGUUGUUGGUACUGAUGCAAGUCUAGAUGGGGUCUCUCCAACUACGCUGACUGAUAGUGGAUUCUCUGCUGCACCAGAUUCCACUCCGACUACAAACACGAGCAAGAAGCGCAAACAGCGUGACGCUUUGGAGGGCCUUGUGGAGGUGAUUGGGAAGAUGCAUGAGGCCACUAACACUCGACUCGAAUAUCUGGCGACUAGGAUUGGAUAUGAAUUCGACCUCGCGAAAGCACGUAAGGAUGUUUUCGAGCUUGUUGGAUCCAUUAACGGACUGAACCUUGCCCAAGUCUUUGACGCUUCGGAGUUCAUUCUGGCCAAGGUUGAGCGCAUGGACUUCUUCAUGAGCUUACCUCAUGCUGCAAAACAUGCUUAUGUCUACCGUGCCUUGGAGAAGUACUCCGGUCAGUGAAGGGGAUAAUGUGUGGGUGUGGAAGAAUGUGAACUUGCUGUUGUUUUGGCUUAUUUGAACCACUUAUGUUUUUGUAAUGUAAAUAUGGGAAGUGAAGUAUCUCUGUGGUUCGUAUGGUUUGCUAUCUCAGAAGUAACUAUAUGCAAGUUUAUGAAUCUGCAGGGGAUGUAUGUAUGAACUCCUCAACCCUUUUGUAAUGUCUAUAUUAGUAAUGAAGCAUAUUAUAUUAUCAAAGA